AUGGCGUCCAUGCUGACUUCCUUGCGCCGGGCCAUCCCGCCCGACGGGAGCUCGGUGCGAUCGAUCGCAGAACAACCCUCCACCCCAACAAGAGCCGGUUUUGGCGGCGAAUUCUUCAAGCUCUUCGGUGGUGAUGCCCAGGCUCCGAAACGUCGCGGUCCCAAACCUGAUAGCAAGCCGGCCUUGACUCGUCGACAGGAGCUCAACCGCCAGGCUCAGCGAACCCAUCGCGAACGAAAGGAACAAUAUAUGCGAGCCCUGGAGACGGAAGUGUCGCGUUUACGAGAGGCCUACACAACGGAGAUUUCCGACGCAAAUGUUCAACUGCAACAACACAAGGAGGUCCUGCAGUCCGUCCGCACCGAGAAUGAUAUCCUCAAGGAGAUCCUCAUCGCGCAUGGCAUCCACUACGAGCCCGAGCUCGAGCAGCGUCGGGCGGAACGCCCUCCUGUCCCAUUCCAGUCCAGCCCCGUCGCCGCCAGCAGCGCAGGUUCGCAAUCUGCCGGCCUCGCAAAUUCGAUCAGCCACCAACACACCACCCCGGCAACCUCCAUUUCUCCUGGUUUGAGUCCUACCGCUGGUAGUGGGAGUGUUGGUCUGGAGCACCCCGAUAUCUCGCCCGCGAUGGCUUUUGCGCCCCCACAACAGAUCUACCACGCUGGUGCCAGCGACAGUAUGGGUGCGAUGGAUCGGUCCGCUUGCCAAGCAGCUCCUCCGGUCCCUGCGAUGGGCGGCGCCUUUGAGAGUGACCCACAGCUCCAGAUUGACUUUAUUCUAACUCUGGAAGGUCCUUGCCGUGAACACACCGACUAUCUCUGUCGUCGCUCCAUCACCGAGGCCGACGAUGAGGAUAUGCCCUUCUCAGGGCACGCCUUGAUGGCUACCUGCCCACCGCCCAGCUAUAUAACAAACACAACACCCGAACAACCAUAUCCCCAUAAAGCACCAGAUCUACCGCUCGCAAACCUCGGCACGCUCCUCAACUUGAGUCGCCAGCUCGUCACCGAUGGUCAAAUCACUCCCAUUAUGGCUCUACAGUGCCUGAAGAACCACGAGCUCUACCCAUCCCUCAGCCGCGAUGACAUCAAGGUCAUCAUCGAAACACUCAAUACUAAAGUCCGCUGCUACGGCUUCGGUGCCGUCGUCGAGGAUUUCGAGCUGAUCGAUUGCUUGAGCAGUGUUCUGGGCACCAAUGUUGAUCUGAGCAUGAUUCGCCAACGCGACGAUGCGAUUUACUCUUGA